AUGACAGAGCGAGAACAUAGGAGUGCUAAGCGUAAAUGGAAAACUGCAAAUAAGAAACGUCGAGAACGACAAAAAACUGCUCUACAAAUUAGGGACAUUACACCGACGUCGAGCCAGCGGUCAGGAACUCCAGUUUUACCGAGGCCUAGAGGCCGAAAACAAAUUCGAAGAGAUAGAUCUGCAAUCUCUGAUGACGAGUUCUUAGCCAGCUAUAGCCAACCAUCAGUUUCUAAUAUAAAAGAAAGGCAAUUAAUUGAAAAGGAAAAUAUUCAUCCUACAAAGAUAUCAGACGGUGUCCAUGUCUUAGUAAAAGUGUCUUCUGCUAAAGACAAACAUUACACUUAUCUAGGUGUUGCUAAAAGUGAAGUUGAUGAAGAAGGAGACGUCAAAAUUAUGUUUUAUAAGACAGUAGAUAAAACUGGUAAAAGGUUCAAAGCAGUAGAUACUGAUAUUUCUUACGAACCUUACGAUAACAUCUUAGAAAUUGUUCCUAAUCCUAAAAUUGUCGUAAAAGCGGUCCCCGCGCUCUCGUACUUAGAUUUAAGCUUAGCGGCGGUCGCCUUCGCGUCAGACCUGACAGUGUCUGUAGCGGACAGGGUCGAAGUUGUCCUAAAGGAUAGCGUAGUUGAAAAUGUAGAGGAGAACGAUGAGCCAAGACCUAAGCCUAAUGUGGUACGGUACCGGCGACGAUACAUUUUUACAGACGUGUGUACGCGACGGGAACACGCACGAGACUGGGAAAGCUGCGUAGGCGCCGCAGCAGGCGGACAACCCGGAAAAGCGGCCACGAUUUAUUAUAGCACAGGAAGAAAGCCACACCACCGACCACCACUUAUUAAAACACCAGCUCUAUUCUAA